CUUAUCUCUUAUAUUUCGUGUCCCGGGAGGGUUCCGUGGUAUUUCUCUUCCCCCCACUGAAGCCUCCUUCUCCACAAAUAUACGUCGCUAAGGUUCUUAUCGUGUGUUCUUGCCACGAUAAGAGGCUUCGUAAUUUUCUUGCUCGACUGUUCUUCACAAUAUUUGGCGUCGUUCUGAUUUUCGUCUUUUUUAUUCAAAAUGGCCGUCUUUUUUUCUAUUUCUCAGAAAUGUUCUUCCAAUCGAAAUUUUAAAAAUAAAAAUUCUAGAACAUUCUGACCCUCCGUCGCAACACUUUUUUGUUCAUAAGGCCUUUAGUCACUCUUUUUUCUGUCGCGGGAAGGUUGUGCUGUGUCAUCUGGCAGAAUGGCACAAAUUUUUUUGUUCGGUUUUACACUUUCUCUUUAAUUGUUUUUGGUCCCAGGGCCUUGGAAUAAGCGGGCUCAUGACUUCCCGCCUAACCCUCCGGCCGCCGGAUUUUUUGGUCUUAACUAAGUUAAAAAGACUUCAGAUCAAGUUCAUGUUGUUGGUAGAGAUCGCAGUACCCGUCGAUGACCUCGUGUUGACACUUCUGCUUUAAUUUGGAGACCAAAAGAUUCUUAAGCCGCUUGUUAAUUUUUUUGAGUUUUCGUUAAUUGCCGUCGGUUGUGUUUCUGGAAGUGUUUUCAGUAAAUAGAACUCGAUUCCAGACAAUUGUGAUUCAUUAGGUUGUGGUUUUUUGAAUUGUUCGCUUUUAAUUUUUUCUGAAAAAAAAGGCUUUUUUUCCUGUCUGCUAGCUUGCACCGCUUAAGUCAAAAUCAUCAGUCUUUCUGAUCAAAUGGCGCUCAACUGUCAGAAGAUUUCAAUUGAGUUUGUUUCAGACAAUUUGAUGAUGAUCUAGAUGCUUGUUAGGGAUAAUUUUCGAAAGACCGUUUCCGGUAAAAUUUGCAUCGAGUUUAGCCAAGAUUCGCCUCUGCAUUCCAAAUAUUGUUUUCUAUGAAUUGACAAUGGAGUUCGGAAAGUUCGAACGAUACGAAGGUUAGGAGUGUGUUCUGUCUGAGCAGAAGUUUGAAGAGGAUGGAACUACCAGCAGGUGCGGGAAGAGUCAACAGAAGGGAUCUUCACAAGCGCAGUGGAGUGCGGGUUUUAAUGAAUGCAAUGUGUGUGGCAAGUUAUUUAAAAGAAUGGGUGAAUUGGAAAGACACAUGCGAAGCCACACAGGAGAGAAACCAUUUAAGUGCGAGGUAUGCGAGAAGAAAUAUAGUCAAGAAGGUAGUCUUCGUAAGCAUAGAAGAAUCCACAUAGAAGAAAAGCAGUUCGCAUGCGAUGAUUGUGGGAAAAGAUUCAUCCAGAGAAGUGAUCUUGAACGGCAUAUGCGAACACACACAGGAGAGAAACCAUUUAUAUGUGUGUUAUGCGAGAAGAAAUUUAGUCAAGAAGGUGGUCUUCGAAUACACUUGAGAGUUCACACUGGCGAGCGGCCUUAUACCUGUGAUAUACGCGGAGAAAGAUCUAGUUCCAGUUCAAGUCUCAAAAAACACAUAAGAGAUCUUCACUCGGAUAAUCGCAGUGAAGAGAAGCCAGAUGAUAAUUUCGAAUGUGUUGAUUGUGGGCAAAGAUUCGCUCUGAGAAGUUGUGUUGAGAGACAGCUCAUUCACAAUGAAGAGAGGUGUUACUCAUGUGAAUACAAGAGGUUGGCACAGACAGGAACUCUUAAUGGACUCAUGAAUACGCACACUGGUUUAAAGCCAUACCAAUGCCACAUUUGUCAGCGAGCAUUUGCUCAAUCGAGUACUCUACGAAACCACAUGCUAGGAUUUCACAAAGAGAACACACAACUGCCAAAUAGUAUUAAAUCCGAGAACAACUCAUUCACGAUGAGUCCACGCGCUGGAGCAGGCUUAACGCAGGAGAAACCAAGCAGUAUAACGCAGCUUCCAUGCUCCUCCCUGGAGGCGGAGUUUGCCGCUGAAUCUGUUUGCGUAGAAGAGUCGUCAUUGAACAUUCCAAAGUUAGAACCGGGUUUUCAAAUCGAUUAGAUCAAUCGAGCAAACGGAACUCCAAAACAGCCAAUCUUGUCCAAUAAUUACUACUGAAACUGAAAAUUAUCACAAUAUAGUCGUUGAAUCGGUCAGUUCGAUUGCCGUAAAAGAAUUACAAGUGAAAUCGGAAACAUAGAAAUAAUAGCCGAAAGUAUUCAUAAAUUCAUUGCAAGCUGUUUGAUCAUAAACACACUAUUUCCAAAAAAAGUUUCAGCAACUGCUUUUGUGUUGUAUUUUUGUUGUCAAGUUUGUGUUGGAAAGCUGAAUCUCUGACGUUGAUAAUUUUGUACCGCCGAAAUUUUGUGAUCAGAGAAUUUUUGUUAUCAG